AUGGCGUCGAACUCGCUCAUGAGCUGCGGCAUCGCCGCCGUCUACCCUUCUCUUCUUUCUUCUUCAAAGUCUAAAUUUGUCUCCGCCGGAGUUGCUCUCCCCAACGCCGGGAACGUUGGCCGUAUCAGAAUGGCCGCUCACUGGAUGCCUGGUGAGCCAAGACCAGCUUACCUCGACGGUUCUGCUCCUGGUGACUUUGGGUUUGAUCCACUUGGACUUGGAGAGGUUCCAGAGAACCUUGAGAGGUACAAAGAAUCAGAGCUCAUCCACUGUAGAUGGGCUAUGCUCGCUGUUCCAGGGAUUUUGGUACCAGAGGCUUUGGGAUACGGAAACUGGGUUAAGGCUCAGGAAUGGGCAGCAGUACCUGGAGGACAAGCCACUUACUUGGGGAACCCAGUCCCUUGGGGUACUUUGCCCACAAUCUUGGCUAUAGAGUUCUUAGCUAUUGCAUUUGUUGAGCACCAGAGGAGUAUGGAGAAAGACCCUGAGAAAAAGAAGUACCCGGGAGGUGCAUUUGACCCUCUUGGAUACUCCAAAGACCCAAAGAAGUUCGAGGAGUUGAAAGUUAAGGAGAUCAAGAACGGGCGCCUUGCGUUGUUGGCGUUUGUAGGCUUCUGUGUACAACAAUCUGCCUACCCAGGCACAGGACCAUUGGAGAACCUGGCUACUCACUUGGCUGAUCCAUGGCACAAAAACAUUGGCGAUAUUGUUAUCCCUUUGAACUAG